AUGGGUAACGAGAAUGGAAGGAUGCUGACUCCCGAGGAGAUGAAGAAUAGGGAGGUCGGACUCAUGGACAGCGAGAUGAAGAGGAAGCUUAACACAAAGGCAUCAAAGUACACUCUGAAGCUUGUUAUAAAGGGAGAUAGGAAUACAGGCAAGACUGCAUUGUUCAAUCGACUUCAAGGGAAGCCCUUCACAGAGGAGUAUGUGCCAACUCCAGAGAUACAGAUAGCGCACAUCAAUUGGAACUAUAAGAACACUGACGACAUUGUAGAUGUAGAAGUAUGGGAUGUUGUUGAUGUUGCAACUACAAAGAAGAAGAAGUCAGCUUCGACAUUGGUCACAUCACAUUCGAAGCAACAGCAGCAACAACAGGAUGAGGAAGAGGACGAACCAUUCACAGUGCCGUCAAAGGAUGAGAUGCUCAAGAAGAAGACGAGUGGCGGCAGCUUCAAGAUACAUAGCUUGGACGCACAGACGAUUGAUGUGAUGAAGAAUGUGUCGGCUGUCAUCUUCAUGGUCAACCCGCACAAGAAAUGGACGUUCCAGUACGUCGAGCGCGAGCUGGCCAAGAUCCCCGCCGACGUCUACGUGAUGCUGAUCACCAACUACCGAGAUCAGGGCGACAGCUCCAAACAGCUGACGCCAGGCGAGAUCCAGGCGCUGUGUGAGCAGCGUGCACACAUGCAGCACAUCGAUGCGUCAAUGUACAACGCAUAUGGUCUGCGUGGUGUCGUCAGUUACUUCAACAUCCCGUUCCUGCAACUGCAGCGCAAGAUGCUACAUCAACAACUCGAGCGCAACAAGAUUGAGUUCAGCUCGGCCGUCGAGGAGAUCAACAUGCUGGUCAAAGAUCAGAACUACAACGA